CUCUCACUCACACACACGCAAACAUUGGCACUAUUUCAAAUCACCGAACCUCGUUGCUCAAUUUCCAAUUUUUCUCCCAAAAUGACCUCUCCACCACCACUUAGACGUCCUCAUGGCGUCAUCAACCAGCACUCCGCCGCACAUGGCGGUCGAGUUGAGACACACGAACUCGUCCGGAAUCGCCCGGGAAUUAUAGAAAUUUCCCAACGACGACUGACGCAGAUGAAUAGCAGUAGGAGUGGAAUAAUGUCGCAGAGGCUGACGAAACUGUUGCUCAGAGUGAACAUUCAGAACAGCUUGGGGUCAAUUCAGGUGGUAAUGUCGCCGGAAAACACAGUCCGAGAUUUGAUGAAGUCGGCCAUGGCUACACAUGUGAAGGAGAAGAGACGACCGUUGUUGAGUGAAACUGAUACACGGUGUUCGGAGCUUCACUAUUCGCCGUUUAGUCUGGAGAGCUUAAAUCCAGAGGAGAAGUUGAUAAACUUGGGGUCACGAAAUUUCUUUUUGUGCCUCAAACCAAACAACGCUGCCAAUUCAUCUUGCUUUCAGGAAGUAAAGGAGGAGGCCAAGUCUCCAAUUCCAUUGACAUAUUUCAUGGAUUUCUUACUAUAGCUUCUCAGGUCCCCCAAAUCUGUGGUGUCCCCCCAUAGGC